UUUCUUCUUGUACUUCUUUCUCUUCUGCCAGAGAGAGAAUUUCUCUCUUUUCUCCACUCCUCAAAAACCCCCAGAUCUGUGGCCUGCAGCUGCUACAGGGCAGAGGCAAGUAGAUCUGGAGAUGGAUUUUUGAUGAUGGAGCGAGAUGGAUGAAGAAACCUAUAGCUGCUAGAGAUGGAGAUCGAAACUGGAGGUGAUGGUCAAUGAUGGUGACGGUGGUGACGGUGACAAUGCAAAUGGUGGUGAUGGCGACAAUGCAAAUGGUGGUGAUGGCCAGAAUUGGGGGGAGGGGGCUCCAAGGAGGGAAAGAUUGGGAACAUUCCUCACGUUUUUCUCUUCUUUUUUAUUUUUAUUUUACAUAGUUUUUAAUUAUUGCUAGUUCUUUUUUUUUUUUUAUGUGUGCAUGUCUUGUAUAAUUAUAUAUUUGUAUGCUUCAAGAUGAUGAAGAAUGGUAUGGAGAAAAUAAGUUUUUAAGAUAAUUUUGAGCUUUUAAGAUUGAAUUUUGAAUGACUUAAAUUAAUUGAUAAUUGAGAAAAUAAAUUUAAAGAUGGUAA